AUGCACUCGCCUGAACGCCCGAAUCUUCCAGAUCGGACAGUUAAUUAUCUCGCUAUAGCUGGCAGUGGCGGAGCAGGGCAUUUCGUAAAGAUGGUCCACAAUGGCAUUGAGUACGGUGAUAUGCAACUCAUUUCCGAAGCUUACCAUCUACUUUAUGGCUACCUUGGCUUCUCCGUUGACGAAAUAUCACAGGUGUUUGAUGUAUGGAACAAAGGUGAACUGGAGUCUUAUUUGAUAACCAUUACAAGGGACAUCCUGUCCUUUAAAGACUCCAAGGGCGUCUCCACAGUUGAACAGAUUCGUGAUGUCUCGGGCCAGAAAGGCACGGGAAAAUGGACGACUAUAUGUGGCCUGGAACGGGGUUGUCCAAUCACGCUGAUUGCGGAGUCUGUUUUCGCUCGAACGCUUUCGUCUAUGAAAAAGGAACGUAUGGAGGCCUCCAAAGUUCUCCCAGGUCCUGCGGAGACCUCUAAAGGUUCUGAGCUGCCGAAUAAGGAAAAAAUUUCCUUCAUUGAAGACGUUCGUCAGGCUCUCUACGCCUCCAAGAUAGUCUCUUAUGCCCAAGGGUUUAUGCUCCUUCAAAAGGCUCGUGAGGAUUUUGGUUGGGAGUUGAACCUCGGUGCUAUUGCCCUCAUGUGGCGUGGCGGUUGCAUUAUCCGGAGUCGAUUCCUCGACGACAUCAAGGCAGCCUUUACAAAGAACCCGCACCUAACGAACCUCCUUCUUGACCCGUUUUUCAAAGAAAUUAUUGAACGCUGUCAGAGUUCCUGGCGCAAGGUCGUAUGCAAGGGCGUUACCGCGGGUAUUCCCUUGCCCGGUUUCAGUUCAGCCCUCGCCUUCUAUGACGCCAUCCGUUCUGCCCGUUUGCCAGCCAAUUUGAUUCAGGUACCGUAUGUUGUUUUUUUCUUUUAA